AUACGAAACCUUGAUGUUCAUAUUAUUAACUAUAAGUACGGGCAACUUAUAUAAUUAUGAAUCUAUGCAUCUGAUAAAAAGAAACGAUUUCAUCCGAAAAGUUUUGCUUAGACAGCACGAUAGAUUCGGCAAUUUGCUGUCCUAUUAAGUCAAGGAAGAAUUGCUGCCAAGAUAAUUUCUUAUUAUUUCACUGUAUACCAGCUAAGUAAAUAAAUUUUGUAUGCAAGAACAUUUAAAUAUUCUAGUAUACAUUAAUAAAUAAAUUAUAAGAUUGUGACAUAAUGGCUGAAACACAGCGAAUGACUGUUUAUGGUAGACAUCCUCCUUGUGCGAGUGGAACUCGUUUAGAAGAACGUCGUACCAGAAGAUUAGCCUUAAGGUUGGAAAGAAAUCGAAAAUCAGAUAAACCAGAUGAUUUUAUAUGUUAUGAAUCAAGUGAUGACGAAGCAGAGACUGUAAGUGAAGGAAAACAGUUUUUAAGAACUUCCUUUAAUUUUGUGGAUUAUGUACGUGCAAGAGAGACAAACACUAGAGAAGUGAGAAAAAUUAAUCAAGAGUAUGGAUUUCGACACAUAUUGACUCAUGAUUUAUUUAAAGAAUAUUCGGUUAGCUUAAAUAAUAUGAAUAAAGUCUUUUGUUCUCAAUGGUUAAGUGAUAGGCAAGUAGUAUUUGGUACAAAAUGCAACAAAUUGAUGGUUUAUGACGUAGCCACUCAGAAAUUAGACCAAAUACCAUCUCUACAUGGAAGGCAAAUUAAUUCAGGAGGUGGUGCUGUUCCCGAGCAGCAAUGCGGUAUACAUUCUGUUCAAAUCAAUCCUUCUAGAACUCUCCUAUCAACUGGGGCAAGAAAUAGUAAUGAAAUAGCUAUAUAUAGGCUACCAACAUUAGAUCCAGUUUGUGUAGGAGAAGGUGGUCAUAGAGAUUGGAUUUUUGACAUGUGUUGGCUAGAUGAUGAAUUUUUAGUUUCUGGUUCUAGAGAUACCAAAAUGGCUUUAUGGCGUAUAGAUAAUGAUCUUGCUGAAGCUCCUGACAAAGCGGAUGUGCCAACACACAGGUUGAUUCAACCUGUAUGUGUUAAAGAAUGUAGAUCUGCGCAAAAAGUACGUGCGCUUGUCUUUAAUAGAACUUACAAAGAAAUUGCUGCUAUCACUCUGAAUAAUUUCAUACACAUCUGGUCUGCUGAGACUUUUAGACAAAAAAUAUCUAGAAAAUUACCGGUUUGUCAAGAAAAUGUUUGCCUUGCUGUACAAGAUGAUGGUGUUUAUGCCGUAGGAUGCCGUUCUUAUACUUUACUUUUAGAUGCAAGAACUGUGCAACCUAUAAAAAGAAUACCUUCACGGUAUAGCGGUUGUGGAAUCCGAUCAGUUAGUUUUCAAGGUUCCGUUUUAACAAUUGGAACAGGCUUAGGAAUGAUGUUCUUUUAUGAUGUGAGAGCUCAAAAGUAUCUCGAGUCUUCAAUUAAUUCUAACAGAAUUGUUGUAUUAAAAGCAUCAAAGGGAUACGUGUUUCCUGAUGAAGAGUACAUAGAUGGAUUUCAAAAUGUGAAAUAUACACCUGCUAUAUAUACUCAUUGCUAUGAUGGAUCAGGAACCCGAUUAUUCACAGCUGGUGGACCUCUUCCCGUAAAUCUAUAUGGUAACUACGCAGGAUUAUGGCAAUAAAGUUAAUUUUAAUUAAUUAAAGAACUGCAUUGACUUUUACGUAAGUAAUAAGUUGUACAUUUAACUAAACAUUAUUAAAAUUUUACCUCAGGAGGUAUAUACACCCAACCUAGACUUAAGAAACCUUUUCUGGUCAUUAUCAUCUUUUAUUUUUAUGUUUGUAUAAUUUUACUCCUUUUCGAUUUUAUUAUCUAAUGAACUAAACAAAAAAUUUUAUUUAUGUAUUAAAAUUUUAAGAUACCAAUAUACACUUUUCAAAAAUUUUGAUACUUUAUGAACAAAUGAGAAAGUAGGGAAAGAUAAUAAGAGCAUUUUAUAAUUAAAGGUGUAUAUAUCUUGACUGCCUGAAGAAAUAAGUGAUAAAAAUAAAGAUAUCCAAUUUUUUAUCAUUUCAAUCAUAUAUUUAAUCCUGAAAGUGAAUUUGAUUGAAUUGUCUCUUAUUAAUCAACUAUAUCAGCAUGUUUGUAUGCAAUGUGGAAAGAGCCAAAUUCAAUGUACUAUGUAAAAUAUCAUUGUUGUGUAAUUUAAAAUUAACACAUGGUAAACAAUAAUCCUACGAUUGAUUUAUUUCAUGGGUGACUUAUUUUACGAGUUUAUUACCAUCUUAUUGUAAAGUUGUUAAACUAAUGUCGUCUUUUAGUAUGAAAUUAUGCUCUAGUAUUUUUUACUAUAUAUGAUAUUGAACAAAUUAUUGCAUGAAAAUCUUUCAUAAAAAAAUCAUACCAAUGAAUAUUGAAGUACUUUAAAAAUUGUGAUCACUAAUUUAAAUCUUUAUAUCAUCUGCAUACAGUGUGAUUUUUAAAAGCACUUUAAUCUGUGUUGUACAUUUCUACAUCAGUACAAUAGAAAUGAAAAUUUAAAAAAUAAUCAACGAAUAACACUGCAAUGAACAUUAAGUUUCUCAGAUGCAAUCUAUCAAGUUGAAAUUUUAAUACUGGCCUUAGUAGAACAAUAUACAAUGAAUAUUUGUUAUAAAAAAACUUAUUUUAGAAAAACAAUAUCUAUUAAAGCCUUUAUAAUGUAUUUCUGUAUUACAUAAUAGAAUGUGAAACAUAUAUAAUUUUAAUCAAUGCAUGGAUUAGAAAGCAAUAUCUUUUAAGUGUGCAUGGCAAUUGUUAAAUGAAAAGAAUCAAUCGUUUUGUUAAAUAAAAUUAAAAAAUAUAUAUUUAGUUUAUUAUCUUCCAAAUAUUGAUUUAUUUAAAUAUUGAAAUAUUGAUUUCUUUAUAUCAUUUUUUGUUAAUAAUAUUAUAAAUAUAAAAUUUAAAAUCUAUUAAUUGUAACAAUUUGUAUUUUACAUAUGCAAAGAUACAGUGGAAAUAUUUUAAAUUGUAAUUGCUCAAAUUCAAUCAAAUUGAUUAUUCAUAUAUUGUACAUUUUAUGAUACAAAGGUAUUAAAAAACAUCAGCAGUGCGUAUUUGCAGUUACAAAUAAUGGUACACAACCUACGAUUAAUGUGUUUCUUGUAUACAAUUCAAAAAAUGUAUUUGAACAAACUACAGUCUGUUCUAUAAGAGUUAACAAUACCUCUGCAAAGAUAUUUGUCAAAAAUCCAUCUAAAAUGUUAAUACGCAUUUAUUUCAUAUAUAAUAGGUUCUAUUCCCCUAGUGAUUAUUCUCUUUGACAUCAUCUUGGCAUGUGAGACAAAAGUGUAUAUUUUUCAAAAGCGAUGAACUAAAGUUGUGAAUGUUAAAAGACAAUUUCCUUGGAGUUUAUACUUCAUAAUAGACUUUUUGUUUACAUAAGAAGCUUGUCACUUAUGCAUUAACAGUGUUGAAUUUUUAGAAAAAAUUGAUAAAUCAUUAUGUCUUUCUUGUGUUUUUAUAAUAUUGUAUCCAUUUUUUAACGAACUAUGAAGAGUUAUGCAAGUAUUUAGUUGUACUUACAAAAUUCAUUUUCUGUUCCUUUGGAUGAAAACACAGGGUGAUCGUAUCAAAUUGUUUUACAUAUAAAACACUUCAUCUCGAAAAGCUCUGUUCUUUUCAGCAACACGAACGAAUCUGAGAAACUUUAAAUUAACAUGUAAUGGAGAAAAUGAUUGUAUUGAGUUUAUUAAAACUUAUUCUUCAUCAGAUAUUAAUUUUCAUAAAUAUCGUCUAAGUCUAUAUACUCUUGUAAGACAGACUGUACUUUUAUUGAAUGAAGUAUUAUUAUAAUGAUGUUAAUUGUGCAUAACUACAUUACACAUUUGAUUGUAAACAGACUUAUAUUUGAUUUUUGGUCGAAUUUUGGUGUACUUAAGUCUUAAGUGAUGAAGUAAGUUCACCAUUAUGUUUGUCACUGUUAGAUAUAUUUUAAAUUUGUUGAUGGUAUAAAACGAUGCAAGUGCAUUUUCAAUACUUAGGAUAGAACUAACAGAUCAAGAAAUUGUUGACAUGUAAACAAUAAGUAAUUGAAUUAUUAAUAUAUCACAAUGAAUAUAUGUCACCAAACUAUAUUCUGUGUGUUUUUACAUUAACAAAUUAUAAAUUGCUGGCAUAUAGUCAUUCAUAAAGUCAUUGCAUUACAUAAUAAAUAAAAAUGUGUGUUGUAUUUAUACAUUCAUGAUUAGACUGUACGACAUGUAUAUGAUUAUGCAUAAUGAACGAAUACAUUGAAUACAUUUUAACACGAUUAUCAAUAUGUACUUUUACUACAAAUACUACAAACAAAAUAUUAUGAAACAAUGCUACAAACUACUAAUAAUUUUGUUUCUGUAAUAAUUUCGUGUAUUUCGGGAUAUACGUUUUAGCAGUGAUUAUUAAAUGUGAUUCAUAAAGUUCACUGUUUUUCAUAUAAAAUUUUUAAGUAACAUUGAGCAACUAUUGUCCAUGUUAAAACGUCCUAAUUUUCAUACUAACGUCACUUAAGCGAAACAAAUCUAAGUAUCGUGUAUUUUAACUAAAAUAAUGCAAUAGAAACAGUAUAAAUAAAUAAUUUUUAUACUUAAACUAUAUGUAUAAGUUACAAAAAAGUUUUGUACAGGUACAAUCACUGCAUCACUGUAUCAGAAAACAUUUUUUCGUAUAUCAUAUUUAUUAAAUGAAUAUCACGAAAAAGAUUUGAGAAAAUAUUAUAUAUUAUAGUAACCUCUACAACUGUUCUUAUAUUUCUUAAUAAUUUUUUCCGAUUUUCAUCGAUCUUUUUUUCUGUAAAAUGUAUCACGUGUAUAAUGUAUUCUUUUUUUGUAUUAUAAGAUCAUAAGUUUAUCAUAUACUAUUCUGUAUGGUUGUGUUUUUGUUAGAUCUGUAGCAAAACGUCCUUUCAAAAAUUAUUUAUGACUUACGUUAAGUAUAUGCGGACAAUAUAUAAAUUGCUUAUAAGCUCAUUCAAAAUUUUGUUAAAAAAAAACUUGCGUUCUUUAUUGUUAAAAAAAUAUCCAGUGCAAUUAAUAUAUGUAUAAAAAUUUCUCAUAAACUACAACUAGAUUAUCCUUGUUUUUUGUUGCUAAUUAAAAUAUUGUAACAAUUAUAAGUAAAUAUAUACAUUUUCCUAGAAUAAAUUAUAUUAUCAAGCUACGUUA